AUGGCGCCGGAGGUGGCGGUGGCGGGGAGGGUGACGACGACGAUGAAUGUUUGGGCACUGGGGUGCACGGUGGUGGAGAUGGUGACAGGGAAGCGGCCAUGGAGGGGUUUGGAGGAGGAGGACGUAAUGGCGCGAGUCGCCGAUGGGCGGCAUCCGAAGAUUCCGGCGGGAUUGUCGGCGGAAGGUAGGGAUUUCUUGAAUGAAUGUUUUGUUGUGAAUCGUUUGAAGCGAGCGACUGCUAAUCUCAGAUGCAAGUGGGGUUGGGUCAUGGGUUGGGUUGGGUUUAAUCACGUGGCGGGUUAUAAUGACGUGGCGGGUCGGGUUUUAUUUUUGUUGGGUUAUAUCCGGCUGAUUAGGCAAUUCUGUUUGCCACAUCAGCACUUAACGGACUUCAUUAACGGAGUUGGACGGAGACUAACGGCGAGUGACUAA